CCUGUUACCGGCCCGGGGCUCCGCACAGCCGCCCGCCUGCCUCCAAGGCUGGCCCCCGGAGCGUGUCUGAGAGACUCCCGCAGGAGGGGCCCUCUCCCGCCACCCCCACUCACAGCGCUGGGAAGCCUGGGCCUGGGCUGGCCAUCCCAGGGUCACUGGACUAGGAUGGGGGAUGGGCCUGUGACAGGAGGUGCCCUGGGUGUCCUCUUCCGGCCCCAUGGAGUCCUCACCCAUCCCCCAGUCAUCAGGGAACUCUUCCACGCUGGGGAGGGCUCCCCAGACCCCCGGCCCCUCUACCGCCAGCGGGGCCCCGGAGGCGGGGCUGCAGGACGUGGCCUCGGAGUCCGUGGCCCUCUUCUUCAUGCUCCUACUGGACCUGACCGCCGUGGCCGGCAAUGCCGCUGUGAUGGCCGUCAUCGCCAAGACCCCCGCCCUCCGCAAGUUCGUCUUCGUCUUCCACCUCUGCCUGGUGGACCUGCUGGCCGCCCUGACCCUCAUGCCCCUGGCCAUGCUCUCCAGCUCCGCCCUCUUUGACCAUGACCUCUUCGGGGAGGUCGCCUGCCGCCUCUACGUGUUCCUGAGCGUGUGCUUUGUCAGCCUGGCCAUUCUCUCCGUGUCGGCCAUCAACGUGGAGCGCUACUAUUACGUGGUCCACCCCAUGCGCUACGAGGUGCGCAUGACGCUGGGGCUGGUGGCCUCCGUGCUGGUGGGGGUGUGGGUGAAGGCCUUGGCCAUGGCCGCCAUGCCCGUGUUGGGGAGGGUCUCCCGGGAGGAGGGGGUGCCCAGCAUCCCGCCAGGCUGCUCACUCCAAUGGAGCCGCAGUGCCUACUGCCAGCUGUUUGUGGUGGUCUUUGCUGUCCUCUACUUCCUGCUGCCCCUGCUCCUCAUCCUGGUGGUCUACUGCAGCAUGUUCCGGGUGGCCCGCGUGGCCGCCAUGCAGCGCGGGCCGCUGCCCACGUGGAUGGAGACGCCCCGGCAGCGCUCGGAGUCUCUCAGCAGCCGUUCCACCAUGGUCACCAGCUCGGGGGCCCACCAGACCACCCCGCACCGGACGUUCGGCGGCGGGAAGGCGGCUGUGGUCCUCCUGGCCGUGGGGGGCCAGUUCCUGCUCUGCUGGCUGCCCUACUUUUCUUUCCACCUCUACGCGGCCCUGAGUGCUCAGCCCACGUCCACGCGGCAGGUGGAGAACGUGGUGACUUGGAUCGGCUACUUCUGCUUCACUUCCAACCCCUUCUUCUAUGGAUGUCUCAACCGGCAGAUCCGGGGGGAGCUCAGCAAGCAGUUCGUCUGCUUCUUCAAGCAGGCUCCCGAGGAGGAGCUGAGGCUGCCCAGCCGGGAGGGCUCCAUCGAGGAGAACUUCCUGCAGUUCCUGCAGGGGACCGGCUGCUCCACGGAGUCCUGGGUGGCCCGGCCCCUCCCCAGCCCCAAGCAGGAGGCUGCGGCCGUGGACUUUCGAAUCCCAGGCCAGAUAGCUGAGGAGACCUCUGAGUUCCUGGAGCAACAACUCACCAGCGACAUCAUCAUGUCAGAUAGCUACCUCCGUCCGGCCCCCUCGCCUCGACCUGAAUCCUGAUGGGCUGCUGGACUCGCGGAGGGAGGUGGGGCCGGGCCGGUCAGGACUGCGAGGAGGGCCUGGUGGCUCACCUCUCCCCAGCCGGCGGGGGCUGCGGGGGCUCCGCACACGGCCUCUGCUUAGUGUUUUCUGGGCCGGGAACAGAGCCAGCAGGAUGGACAUGUUUGCCUUGGACAUGGCUGUGAUCCUUGACUACGGGGGGAGGGGACCUGGUGAGAUGGUGACGAGAGUCAAGGGUCACGAAGGACUGGCCUCCCUGAUCUCUCUCCUCAUGGCCGUGACCCACCUCCAGCCCCUGGACCAUCGGGUACAGAGACUAAGGUUGGGAAUGGGUUGGUCGGGUGGGGUUUCUGUGGUCCAUUAAAUGCCUCCCUGCUCCCAUUCAUCGCUCUCAAAAUUAGCUUCAGUAACAAAGACUUAAAUCUCUCUCCUAUCGGCAGCCCUGGGUUGGAGAGAGGGCACAGGAGUGGGGCUCAGCUGUUCGCUGGUUGAGACUGUAGGAACGGUGUUGGUUGGCAUUGGUGGCGGUAUUCUCACGGGCGGGGGAAAUCAUUGCAGACUGGACAGGGCAUCCACCUGGGACUACUUGUCCAUCCACUUCCCUCAGCCGAAUCGGGUAACAUUACAGGGCUGAGGCAGGACCAAGGGGGUGGUGUAGUCUGUAUUUGAACAAAUGCCUGGCUCACUGAGCAUCCAAGGGGAAGGUGGCCUGGUGGGAGUGGGAUAGUUUCCCCUUUGAACAGCCAAUAAAUACUUUUUAUUACAAAAGUUAUACUGAUAUCAACAUUGACUCCUUCGGUUUGAUUCAGUGCAUCAUAGUUGAAUACCCACAGAGAGGAUGUGAAGACACUGUCUUCAAGGAGUUCAUAGUCUAAUUUGACCAAGUACCUUGUAUUUUUUAAAAACAUAUUUUAUUGAUGUUUUACAGAAUGGA